AAAAAUAAUAAUAAAAAUAUUUCGAAAAACGCAAUUUUACAUCCAUAAUUGGAGAAAAAAUUUGGGAAAACGGUGCGCAAAGUAUUUUUCAUAGUCGACCAUGAUCCAUGUCGGUGAAAAUUCGUGGAAUCUGCGAGUGUACAUCACAGAUUUGCAGAUUGAAAAAAACAUUAGGGUCAAAGGGGAAAUUCAUGUGGGUGGAGUGAUGUUAAAAUUAGCUGAUUACGACAGCCCGAAGGACUGGUCGGAUCAUGCCUUGUGGUGGCCCGCCCGCAAUAUGUGGCUAACGCGCACAAAAUCCACGCUCGAUCAGGUUGGCGUCAAUGCGGAUGCCUACUUGCACUUUACUCCGAUGCACAAAAUGUUGCGCGUUCAGAUGCCCGAUUUGCGUUACAUUGACGCCAGUGUCGAUUUCAGCAUCACGACUUUCAGCUCUGUCGUGCAACUUUGCAAGAGUUUGGGCAUUUCGCACCCGGAGGAACUUUCGUUUUCACGCCCGCUCGAACAUGCCCAUCUCAAAGCCAAUUACGUCGAUUUGCAGAAGAAAAAACUCAUCUACAACAAUGACAACCACACGAAUGCCGAAGUCGAACGCAAUCGCACUCCCACGAAUUUCUACUCGAAAUCCUUCGGCGGCAGCAACGGAAGUCUCGAGAUUACGCGUUACAACGAGCCCGGACACGAAAUUACGAUGCCAACUGCGCAACUGAACACCACGCCCGGCAGUCAGCAUGACUCAUCGUUCAGCAACGGCAAAAAUCAUCAUCAUCACAUGAACGACACGUUCGAGGAUUUGACGAAUAGUCCGCGUUUCCCCACGCCGGAAGCGAAAUCGCGAUUACUUCAACCGAAAUCGUUGCUCGAACGGGCACGACUUAACGUUGGAUGGCUCGAUUCGUCGUUGUCGUUGAUGGAACAGGGCGUUCGCGAGUUUGACAAUCUUUUGUUGCGCUUCAAGUACUAUUGCUUCUUUGAUUUGAACCCAAAGACAGAUGCCACGCGUAUCAAUCAGUUGUACGAACAGGCCAAAUGGACCAUCUUGAACGAGGAGAUCGAUUGCACCGAGGAAGAGUCCUUGAUGUUUGCUGCCUUGCACUUCCAGGUCAACUUACAAAACAGCUUCGGCAACGGCAUGAACACUUCGAACCAAUUCGACGAAGCCGACGACAUCGAUGCCGCCUUGAGCGAACUCGAGAUCAGUCUCAAAGGUCAGUCCUCGGAGCACGAAUCGAACAUUACGUACAUCCCCGAGCUGAAGGAUUACCUAAAACUGUUAAAACCCAAGAAAUUUACGUUGAAGCAAUACAAACGUUAUUGGGUCGUCUACAAGGAUUUGCGUCUUUUCCUGUACAAAAUCAAGGGAGAUCAAGACGCCAACUUACCUCCUGUCUCGGAUGUCAAUUUGCGCGGAUGCGAAGUCACCCCGGAAGUCAAUUUGAUGCAUCAAAAGUACGCCAUCAAGUUGGAAGUGCCCGCUGACACGCCAAACGGCACAAAUCAAGAAAUCUGGAUCCGCUGCGAUCACGAAGAUCAAUAUGUCAAGUGGAUGGCGGCAUGUCGUCUCGCCAGCAAGGGUCGCUCUCUCGCCGAUAGUGCUUACCAAACGGAAAUCAACAACAUCAAGCAAUUCCUGUUGCUACAAAAACCCGUGGAGCCGGCAAAUGUUCCCGUUGACGAAAGCAAUAUCGAACCGAGUGAAUAUUUCUCCAAACGUCUCAUCAAGAAACUCCGUUCGAAGGCGGUUUAUCGCAUGCUCGAAGCACAUGGCAACGUCAAACACUUGACAACGCUCGAUGCGAAACUCAACUACAUCAAGGCAUGGCAAAGUCUACCGGAAUACGGCGUUUCGCUCUUUUUGAUCAAGAUGAAUGGCAGCAAGAAGGAAGAAUUGCUCGGAAUUGCCAAUAAUCGCAUCAUGCGAAUCGAUUUGAACUCGGGAGAUCAUCUCAAGACGUGGCGCUACAGCAACAUGAAGGCAUGGAACGUCAAUUGGGAGAUUAAGGCGAUGAUGGUGCAAUUCCAGGAGGAAAGUAUCGUCUUUUCCUGCUUGUCAGCCGAUUGUAAGAUCAUUCACGAGUUCAUUGGCGGAUACAUUUUCAUGUCGAUGCGCUCCAAAGACAACAAUCAGAACUUGAACGAAGAACUUUUCCACAAAUUGACGAGUGGAUGGUGUUAAAUUCACCUUUUUUGAACGUAAAGCAAUCUAAGCGUCCUUAAAAUACGCCUUAUUACUAAAAAAAUUACUUAACUAGGACAUAAAAGUCCUCCAAUGGUGCUAAAAAAAACUAACACAGGACAAUGCGCGCCAAAUUGAAUUAAACAAAGCUGCCUUAUAUAUUGAAAAUUUUUCGAAAAACACUUUUUUAAUGAAAUAACGCACACGAGCGCCAAAUUACAUCUAUAUACUUCCCAAAAAAAUUAAUCAUAUUAACAAAAAAUUUUAUUUUUGCAUUUUUUCUCGAAAGAAAAAAAUUUAUAACUAUUUUUAUGUGUAAAAAAAAAUCUAAAACGAAAAACGAACAAUUUUAAGUGUAAAGUUUUAUUUUUUUUGUCUUAUGUUUAAUAGUUAAUAUUAAAAAAAAAAUCAGGAAUAUGCCUUAAUUUAAAAAAAAAAUUAACAAUUAAUCAGGGGAGUUCAUAUGAACUCUGGGCCUUAAUAACUAACGAAAAAUCGCCAUAUUAUUGUUAAAAAGUUACUUACAAUUUUUCGAUAAUUUUACAUUUUUAAAUGAAAAAAAAUCCUUAACUAAAAAAAAAUAACCAUUAAAUGUCUAUCUAAUAAAUAAUAAUAAAAAAAUAUUUACACUACUUAAAAAAAUUAAUAUUAAAAAACUAAGAGGUCAGCACAUUUUUCAGAUUCACACCAGAAACGCAACAAAAGUAUUUCAUUCAUAGUACAACAAGAUAUUAACCGUAGAAAAGAAUUAAUUUUUCCCUGACCUCUGUUUAAUUUUUGUAUUUUUUUUUGUUCUUCUGGAAAGUUGUUAAUUGUAAUAAAUAAUAAUAAAAUGUAACUGUAACUGUAGAGGAGUUGCCUUUUGGCUAAACGUUGUUAGUUAAACAUUUAAAAAAAUUAUUAUUAAUGAUGUCGUUGUUUAACUCUACCUUGCGAGGAACGAACAGAUUAAUAUUUUAUUAAACAUUUAUUAACGAAAUACACAAAAAAAAUAAAUAAAAUAAAAAAAGAAACAAA